AUGGCUGAGGCACCGGAAGAGGAGCCAAAAGAGGAAGCAGCACCAGCCAAGCCUGUGGUGGGAAUUAUCUACCCUCCUCCGGAGGUCAGGAAUAUUGUCGACAAGACUGCCAGCUUCGUAGCCAGAAAUGGUCCAGAAUUUGAAGCUCGAAUUCGUCAGAAUGAAAUAAAUAACCCAAAGUUCAAUUUCUUGAAUCCCAACGAUCCUUACCAUGCAUACUACCGGCACAAAGUCAGCGAGUUCAAAGAGGGUAAAGCACAGGAGCCCUCGGCUGCUAUUCCCAAGGUCAUGCAGCAGCAGCAGAGUGCUCAGCAGCAGCUUCCGCAGAAGGUGCAGGCCCAGGUGAUCCAGGAGACAGUCGUUCCGAAAGAGCCACCUCCAGAGUUCGAGUUCAUUGCAGAUCCUCCCUCAAUCUCGGCCUUUGACUUGGACGUGGUGAAGCUGACGGCACAGUUCGUGGCUCGGAACGGGCGGCAGUUCUUGACUCAGCUGAUGCAGAAGGAGCAGAGGAACUACCAGUUUGACUUCCUUCGUCCCCAGCACAGUCUCUUUAACUACUUCACUAAGCUGGUUGAACAGUACACAAAGAUCUUGAUCCCACCAAAAGGCUUGCUCCUCAAACUGAAGAAAGAGGCCGAAAAUCCCAAGGAAGUCCUAGAUCAGGUGUAUUACAGAGUGGAGUGGGCAAAGUUCCAGGAGCGAGAGAGAAAGAAGGAAGAGGAGGAGAAGGAAAAGGAGCGUGUUGCUUAUGCCCAGAUCGAUUGGCAUGACUUUGUGGUCGUGGAAACAGUGGACUUUCAGCCCAAUGAGCAAGGGAAUUUCCCUCCUCCCACCACUCCGGAAGAGCUGGGAGCUCGAAUCCUGAUCCAGGAGCGUUAUGAGAAGUUCGGGGAAAGUGAGGAGGUAGAGAUGGAGGUGGAGUCAGACGAGGAAGAUGAAAAGCAAGAGAAAACAGAUGAGCCCCCAGCCCAGCUCGAUCAAGACACACAAGUGCAGGAUAUGGAUGAGGGCUCAGAUGAUGAAGACGAAGGUCAGAAGGUUCCUCCUCCUCCAGAAACCCCGAUGCCACCACCUCUUCCUCCCACACCAGAUCAGGUCAUUGUGCGGAAAGAUUAUGAUCCCAAAGCCUCAAAACCAUUACCACCCGCCCCGGCUCCAGAUGAGUAUCUUGUUUCCCCUAUCACUGGGGAGAAGAUUCCUGCCAGUAAAAUGCAAGAGCACAUGCGAAUUGGUCUCCUGGAUCCUCGAUGGUUGGAGCAGCGUGAUCGAUCCAUCCGUGAAAAGCAGAGCGAUGAUGAGGUCUACGCCCCAGGUUUGGAUAUUGAAAGCAGCUUGAAGCAGCUGGCAGAGCGCCGUACCGAUAUCUUCGGUGUGGAAGAGACUGCCAUUGGUAAAAAGAUUGGUGAAGAAGAAAUCCAGAAACCGGAGGAAAAGGUGACCUGGGAUGGCCACUCGGGCAGCAUGGCCCGCACACAACAGGCUGCUCAGGCCAACAUUACUCUCCAAGAGCAAAUUGAAGCUAUCCAUAAGGCCAAGGGACUGGUGCCAGAGGAUGACAGCAAGGAGAAGAUCGGUCCCAGCAAACCCAAUGAAAUUCCGCAGCCACCCCCUCCUUCAUCGGCAUCAAAUCCCCCAGCUAGCGCCCAGCCCAUCACAUCUGUGCCUCGUCCACCCGCGAUGCCGCCUCCUGUUCGCGCCGCUGUUGUUUCUGCGGUUCCGGUCAUGCCGCGUCCCCCGAUGACGUCCGUGGUCCGCUUGCCUCCCGGGUCUGUCAUAGCCACCCCCAUGCCACCGAUAAUCCACACCCCGCGCAUCAACGUUGUCCCCAUGCCGCCCUCGGCGCCUCCCAUCAUGAGCCCCCGCCCGCCUCCCAUGAUAGUACCCACAGCGUUUGUUCCUGCGCCUCCCGUGGCUCCGGUUCCUUCCCCAGCACCGAUGCCUCCUGUCCACCCGCCGCCGCCGAUGGAGGAUGAGCCAGUCUCAAAGAAGCUGAAGAGCGAAGAUAGCCUGAUUCCCGAGGAGGAGUUUCUGCGCCGGAACAAGGGUCCGGUCACGGUCAAAGUCCAGGUUCCCAACAUGCAGGACAAGACGGAAUGGAAACUGAACGGCCAAGUGUUGGUGUUCACCCUGCCGCUCUCCGACCAGGUGUCUGUUAUAAAGGUGAAGAUCCACGAGGCCACAGGGAUGCCAGCCGGGAAGCAGAAGCUGCAGUACGAGGGCAUCUUCAUCAAGGAUUCGAACUCCCUGGCUUACUACAACAUGACAAGUGGCUCUCUGAUCCACCUGGCACUCAAAGAGAGAGGAGGCAGGAAGAAAUAGGAGCCGUGGAGCCCAGAGGCGUAACGUGGCCGCUCACCACUUGUGUAACCCC